GGCACCGACGAGGAACUCGCCGCCAGGGCCCCCUUGCACAGCGGCGCUCACAAGGCACAGAACAUCGUGGCCCAGCUGUCGGACGACGAAAUCACGGCGCAAGUGCUGCUCUUCUUCCUGUCGGGCUUCGAGACGACGUGCACGCUGCUCAGCUUCCUGGGCUACGUGCUGGCCGUCCACCCACACGUGCAGGAGCGCGCGCGCCGGGAGGUGGAGGAAGCCCUGGAGGACGGGCACACGCUCACCUACGAAGCGCUCAGGAAGAUGAAGUACCUCGACAUG